AUGUGUAGUUUCACCGUACUACCAGCUCAUUUCACCGAUGCUGAUUAUCAUCGACGUUGUGGAAUUCAUGUACAGAAACUAUUUCUCUGUCAUGAACCGCUUACUCUACUUAUUGCUAUAGCAGCCAUUGCAAUUGGUGUUGUUCUAUUAAUCAAUUCAAAUCUUCAUCGUAAAACACCAUUAUAUAAGCAAUUUUUUGAACAUUAUGCACGAACGAGAGCAAGCAAUUACCUAUUACUUUAUAGAAUAGCUAUUGCUUUAUGGAUUGGUUUUCAUAUUAUUCAUAUAAUUACUAUUAUUACCAGCAUUUUAGCUACACAAUUUAUUCGACCAGAAAUGCUAUAUCCACAACUUGUAGUGCUCAUCAUAUCAGUGGGAUUUUAUACAUUUAGUUUACUCUUUAUUAUAGUAAUGAAUUUCAUCGGAUCAACAAUCAUUUGGAUAGCACCGCUUAUCGCUUCCUUUUUCUUUAUCUUUACUUUGACAAAUUUAUAUCUUCUUGUCUUGACACAUCGAUAUGUUGCUGAUCGUCGAGAAGCAUUACAAAAAAUAUUGAGGAAUACAAAAACAGUAACCUUUAAAGAUAUUAAAUCAUCGAUCAAACAAUGA